AUGGCCGUCGGCUUAGAGACGUCGAUAUUUUCUAGUUCGGCGACAUUUGUGGGAUAUAGGUUAUCAAUAUUGAUUUUAUUUACCUGUAUACAUUUCUGUCGAACUACUGAACAUUUGUCGACGGUGCCUUCUCACAAUCUGACACAUAACUCGGCGAUAGAUAUGGCAAGAGGUUCGGACUCCAACGGCACUUCCGGAUUCUCCGAUGCCUAUCACAGUCUUAUGCAAAACACAGGUGUAGACAAUACUAUGUAUAGACUAAACAAUGGCAAGAUGGACGUUCCCUUAAUAACUGUAAACCCAUCUUCAAAUCUAAUUACAGAAUUUACCCCCGUGACUCUUCAACCUUCAACUCAUAGGUGUACUGAGCUUCUUCAAAAUUUUGGACAGGCUGCUUCGAAAUUCACAAACUGUGCAGUGUUGCAUUCUAGACCGUUGCAUUUCUGUGUUGACUGUGUUAACCAAUAUCUUGAUGUGAAAAAGACAUUUAAUGAUAUUUUAGUGGAUAAAGCCAGAUGUGAUGUUAUCUUAUUGAGAAAGGAUAAGAUCAUGAUUACUGAUAAGAUGUAUGAAUUUGUUGUUGAUGUGUGGGAACAGUCAAACUGUGAUGGUUGUUUUACUAUAAAAAGCGUAAACCAAACAACAGUGUAUGAAGUUUCUGCUGACAUGCUUCAGUUUGAGUCUAUUUUUGUCAAGACUACUGAUUGCUUUUUUAACUCUACAAUGGUCCACCACUCAGAGGUUGAAUCAACAACAUCUCCUGCAAACAACACAGUUUGUCAUCUUUGUCAAAGUGUUUAUCGCAAUCUGACAACGUUUUUCUUGAGUCUUGGUUCGGAGGAAGAAAUCUGUAUGGACAUUGUUGAUUCUAUGAACUACACACAGUACUUGUGGAGUAAACAGUUUGAUUGUAGAAGACCAGUAAAAGAACCUAUCCUGAUUAUUGCAUUGUCAGUAUUUUUCUGUAUUCUUCCAGUAAUCUUUUAUGGUGGAUCAAGAAUACAUACCGUUAAAAAGGAACGUAAAUUGGUAAAACAGAAACAACUGAGAGAUAUGACAAGCAUAGACAGAGACAGUUAAAUAUUUAUUCUGGUCCUUUAUGAUCUGGAUGCAAGGAGACGGAGUGUAACAUUGUCAAUAAUGAACCACUGUGGAGUCAGUGUAUCAUUGCUGCCAUAGUCUACAGUACAUUUGUAUCUGUCAAAAUAGUCUGACAUAUGGAGUGACUCUAGUAGUGCAGUUUCACCACCAGACUUUCUCGUCUCAAUUUGUUUGCACUAUUUUCUUAUAUUCUACAAUAUAUUUGGAAAUGAAUUCUAAUUUUAGAGCCAAAAAAACUAAAUU